AUGACAAUAUUAACAGUCGUCAAAGAAGUUUUGAAAUAUACGCGCCAUUUUCCGUUCGCGGUUUCAAUUAGUGAAGAGUGUGUUCUUCAAUUUCUGUUGUCCCCGUUGGUAGCUGCUAAUUGCGACAAAAAGUUGGCAUCCCGCGUGGUAAGCCCGCCGAGUUACGCAGCGCCAUCCGCUGCGCCGGCGCGGUCGCCUUCUCACUCGCCGUCGCGCAGUCCGUCGCCCGACAACGGAGGCAACAUCCAGUUUAUCACCUCCUUCGGCGGCGACGAGGAUGAGGUCAAACCACCUCCAUCCCAAAAACCUCUGUAUGCAGACAAAUUGAAACAGAACUUGAAAAAAAAACAGUUGUAUGCAGAUGUUGCGCGGAAACACCCAAGAGCUCGGUCAAAAUCUCCAGAAGUACGACGCGAAAUAGGACCACGUCGACUUGAAUCGAAAUCAAAGUCUCGGUCUCGCUCAUAUUCUCGGUCACGGACUCCGUCGCGGUCCCGCUCGAGAUCUCAACAGUCGUGGAGGUCGCGGUCCAAAUCAGGAUCUUACUCGCGAUCUCGGUCAAGAUCUGUGACCUCGAGAUCAAGGUCACGCUCAUUUAGCCGCUAUUCGAGAUCGAGAUCGAGAUCCAAAACGCGUAACUACAGGAACAGACGAUCACGCAGCCCUACUAAGUUUGUAUUUUGUUUAAUAUCAACAAACCUUAUAGAGGUAUCAUUGUCAAACAAUAUAUUUUCCCGAAACAAUUGAACCUUUGUGCUUGACAAGCUGGCUUAGCUGCGAAUUUAGAAAUAUGGGUAUAAUAUAAGAAUUAAAGUAUGAAAUGGCCGUUAUGUAUAGGAGAAUCGGAUCACGAAUAUAUUAAAAAUUGAAUGUUAUCAAAAUAUCGUUGGUGUUUUGUACAAAGUGGGUAGGCGAUGCGAGGCGAGGUGAGGCGAAUUAAGAUUUUAAUUAAAUUUAAGUUUUGAAAUUGAAUUAAAACGACGUCAAAAUUUUAAAACUGUCCUUAGAACCUAAAACAUGCUGCCCUGAAAAAUCUACGAAAUGUCCAUACAUACACUACUGGCAUCAUUUGGGAGUCUCACUUAUUCCUUUGCUAUAGAAUAGAAAAUAAUAUUAGUAACGAUAAUAAAAUAAUAUUCUAAACGAAUAUGAACAACGCCAAAAUUUGAAGUUUAGAAGCGUAAAGAUUCAUUUGAAAAACGUUUCUAAUUUGAAUUUUACAUACAAAAAAC